AGUCCAAUUUUUUUCAGAAUACCACAAAAACGAUUGCUACAAGAAGAUCGUCGAAGAAUUAUAACAGAAUUUGUGAAUAAUGAUCUACCUGGAGGCAAACGACGUUGGCAAAGUUCUAAUGUAGAACCAAAAACAGUUUUUAGUCGAUUAAGUGCACAUCCAUCUAUCGCAGAUGAUAGUGCUGAUGAAGAUGAUAGCAUUACUAAGCCUGCUGUAUCAUCCAGAGUAAUAGCCACUCCUCGAGAAAUUCCUUCGCGACAAGAAGUUAUCCGACGAGAAAGGACAGAUGAACGCAGUCGACAAAGAAAUAAACGUAUGUUUGGCGCACUUUUGGGUACUUUACAAAAGUUUAGACAGGAAGAAACUAAACUGAAAGCAAAGGAAGAUAAAAAAGCAGAAGUAGAAGCUAGAGUAGAAGAAGCUAGAAGACGAGAAAAAGAAGAAUUACGAAGAGAAAGACAACAAUUGUUUUUGUCACGUAAACGACAAUUAGCUGAAGUACGAGCACUAGAAGCAAAGCUUGCUCGUAGUCGACAAUUUCAAGAUUGGCGCAAUGCACAAUUAUCCCUUGCUUCGUUUAUAAAAACACACGCACAGCCUUCUAUUUAUUAUGUACCAAAGCGAAAACAUCCACAGACAGACAUAUUAUUAGCGCAGUGUACAAAAGAACUUUAUGAGGAAAUUGAAAAAAGAGAAAAAGCAUUGGUUGAAGAAUUAAAUUUAAUAGAAAUUCAAAUAGGAUUGAACAAACAUUCACAAAACAAUUUUGAAGAAUCUGCAUCUUUACAUACUGUAGAAGCUCCACGUUCAAUAGAGGAAGGUGAAGAAAAUCGAGAUCCCAAUCCAGAACAUAAUAUUGAAACUACAAUUAAUGAUAAUACUGAUAUUUCAAUGCAAUCCAUAAUAAAUGAAAAUUUUGAUGAUGAACAUACUACAGAGAAAAAAGAAGAAAUACAAUUGGACCAAGUUCAACCAGAUGCAAACAAUGGCUAGUAUCAAAUUUGCUAUAAUACAGAUUUGUGUAUACAUAUUAUGUACAUCUAACAGAUGAUAACUUUCAUAGUAAGUUCUUCAAACAUUGUUUUAUGAUUGAAUAAUUAAAAAUAUCUAAAAGACCAAAAA